CCUCUUAAUUAAUGAAUUCUUUCGCUACAUAUUCUAUUUUCACCAAUAUUCACCUCCUCGUAUAUUUCAAUCUUAAAGUUUAAUUUCGUUAUCGAAUAUUAGUCAUAUUCAUCCGCAAAUCGAGAAAAAAAAAACAAGCAGCAUGAGGACGACACGGAGGCCGAUCCACGCCGUGUCGACAUGGGUCCGCCGGCAACCGCCAAAGGUGAAGGCUUUUCUGGCGGUCAUCACCGGCAUGGCGGCGCUUGUUCUCCUACGCGCCAUCGUUCACGAUCACGAUAACCUCUUCGUCGCCUCUGAGGCUGUUCACUCCAUUGGAAUCUCCGUUCUCAUCUAUAAGCUCAUGAAAGAAAAAACUUGUGCCGGGCUUUCACUCAAAUCGCAGGAGCUCACUGCUAUGUUUUUGGCUGUUAGACUGUAUUGUAGUUUUGUCAUGGAAUAUGAUAUACACACUUUACUUGAUUUAGCUACAUUCGCUACGACCUUGUGGGUUAUUUAUAUGAUCCGUUUUAAGCUUAAAUCAAGUUACAUGGAGGACAAAGACAAUUUUUUAAUCUAUUACGUGGUGAUCCCUUGUGCUGCCUUAGCUUUAUUAAUUCAUCCAUCUACAUCACAUCUCUUCGUUAAUAGAGUCUUCUGGGCUUUCUGUGUUUACUUGGAGGCAGUUUCUGUGCUACCUCAACUUCGUGUCAUGCAAAACACUAAGAUAGUUGAACCAUUCACAGCUCAUUAUGUAUUUGCAUUGGGUGUUGCAAGGUUCUUAAGCUGUGCUCACUGGGUUCUCCAGGUCUUGGACAGUCGCGGUCAUCUGCUGGUAGCAUUGGGUCAUGGUCUAUGGCCUUCUAUGGUUCUUAUAUCCGAAAUUGUCCAAACCUUUAUCUUAGCAGACUUCUGUUACUACUAUGUUAAAAGUGUUUUCGGUGGACAGCUGGUCAUGCGCCUUCCUUCUGGAGUAGUGUAACUGAUGAUUGUGUUGGUCAUGGACAGAAAUUUCACAUACGUUUGUUGCCUUCCUUUUGCUUAUCUUUGGUCUCUCUACAAGGUCAAAAUCUGGUCUAGGGCUCUCCAGGCGUAAAAUCAAGAGUGCGGUGGUCUGUGAAGUUAGUAUUAUCUAAAAUAUUUUCUGGUAAUCCUAGAUUAUACUUUACUUUUUUAGCAGUUAGCAAUGUCUUAAAAUGAAGCAGUUGAUUUUCUCUCAAUCCUAGAUUACUUUACUUUGUUAGCACUAACAUCAUAUGGCUUUCAGAUAUGUACUCAUUUUUGUACUUAUGUACCACUGUGAAUGAUUAAUGAUUCUGAUUCCGACACAAUUUAUCCCUGUUUGUUGAA